UUACCAGAAUCUACUGAACUUGAGAAGCCAUGGAGGACAGUCGUCUGGGAAUCUCAGAAGAGGGCUGAGCUGAUGGAGAGCAUCAGAACCUACAAACCCACAGUCAGUUCUGUGCCCCAGGCUCGGGUUUUGCUCAUCGGACAGGUCGGAGCCGGAAAGUCCAGCUUCUUCAACGCCAUCAACUCUGUGUUCAGAGGCCAUGUCACCAGCCAGGCCAUCGCUGGCAGCUCUUCCACCAGCCUCACCACUCAGUUUCGGACCUACUCUGUGAAAGCUGGACGAGAAGGCAAACCUCUGCCAAUCAUCCUGUGCGACACCAUGGGCCUGGAGGACAGCAAAGGGGCGGGGCUUGAUGUGGAGGACAUCAGCAGCAUCCUUAAGGGUCAUAUGCCGAAUUGUUACCAGUUCAACCCCGCUGCUCCUCUUCAUGCUGAGACUCAUGGUUAUCAAAAGUCUCCGGCUGUCAAAGACAAGAUCCACUGUGUGGCUUAUGUUAUUGAUGCCAGCAAGGUCUCCAUUAUGCCCCCAAAGCUGGAGGAGAAGAUGGAAGUUAUCCGCAGAAAGGUUAACCUGCUGGGGAUUCCUCAGCUGGUUCUGCUCACUAAGGUAGAUGAAGCUUGUCCUUUGGUGAAAGACGAUCUGAGAAACAUCUAUAAGAGCGGAUACAUCAAGGACUUAAUGCAGGAGGUCAGCGUCAGGUUGGGCGUGCCGCUGUCCUGCGUUGUUCCAGUCAAGAACUACAGCGGGGAGCUGGAGCUGGACCUGAACGCUGAUAUCCUGCUGCUCAGCGCCGUCAUCCAGAUGCUCCGGUUCGUCGAUAACUACUUCGAUGACCUCAGCGACCGACUGAGCAGCGUCGAAUGCAAAGAUUAAGAAUCUGUAUUCACAAAACCUGACAGCUCAGGCUUAUCCACAUGUCCAGAUGUGUCAGUAUUUAUGCAUUUAUCCAGAACAACUGUAGAGUUUAACAUAUUCAAUGCAGCAGAAUGUAUUUACUUCAUACAGAUUGGUUGAAACAACUACGUGUUUCUUUUUUGAGUUUUGGUCUUGGGAAGUUUCACCACAAUCUCACCUAGAAAUUACUUUACAACUCCAGUCUGAUAAUUUUGUUUCUCAUCGGUUCAUCUUUAAAUCAGUGCAUGAUGUUCUUGAAACAGUUCUAAAAGUUUAUUCUGCAGGUUUGGCAGUAAUCAUAAUCUGAAACUUUUAAGUUCAACAAAAAAAGAUAGGAAAUCAGGAAGUUGUUCACUUUAGUGAGUUUGGAUAAAUCAGUCUCUUUUUGCUUCUGAUAAAGUUAUUACCUUAAUGGUUUUGGUGACUUGGUACUUGUUGGGACAUUUAUGCAGGACGGAUUUUCAUGUUAAACUCCUGCAAAAUAUAGGAGAUAUAUCUGUGGGCAUGAAACUGAAGUAAAAGCUAAUUAGCAAAUAUCUGAUAUUAUAGCUUGCAUGUGUAAAGAUUUGCUUAUAUUUGACUUUCCUGGAUUCCCUGGAAUGUUGAAAAUGAUAACGCUAUUUUUUCCUUUGUAUCUUUGUUUUGUCACCCAAGAGGAGUUGUUUACAGUUUACUUACUUAUGCUUUUUUGGGUAAAAAAACAAUCUGAGACAGAUCUGACUUAUUACUUGCAAGUGUUUAUUUAUACAAGCUGGAAAAAAAUGCAAACACUAAUAAAAAUGUUGAGAAAACA